AUUGAAGAGGAAGAUACAGAUUUAUACAGAUGCUAUAUGGCCAUGCUUAGGCGUAGAGUAAGGCAGAAGAAAUAGUAACAGAAAGAUGUGAAGCAAGAUAAUAGGAAACAGAAUAACAGAUGCUUGAUAGUGCCGGAAGACUCGGUCUGCCUUAUCACCUCUCACGCUCUGCGAUGUCUUCUUUGCGCUUUCAUUUGCUCGCAUUUCCAAGUCUCUCUCAACAACUCUCCGCUCUGCUAAAGCUCCCUUACAAAACCUCUUUUUUCAGCCUUCAAUCCACCAUAACCCCAGUCCUUCAGAUUCUCUUGGUUUGCCAGUCACAUCUUGCUGCCGAGAGAAACUUCCUGCUCUUUCUAGAUUCCAAAGCUUGUGCUCCCUCCUCUCUGCAGUGUGUGUGUCUUGAUUCUUGCCCAUGAAAUUUUGAGCGUAUUUGAUCGAACUAUGCUCAACUUCUCUCGCCUGCAAACUGUUCGACGAAAUGCCUGAGCCAUGCAUUCAGCCGCAGCAGUGAAGACGCGUCUCUUCGUUCCGCCGCCGAAUUCCCUCCUCCCCGGCCUGAGUUCUCGUACGUUUCCAGUCUCCGUCUUUGCAGUCUGUCGGAGUAGAGUAGCGGUGGUGGUUGGGGGAGGCGGGUGUGGAGGGAGAGAGCAGGAGAAGACUGCUAGUAAUGUUCUUUCUCUGCAUCGAGCGGCGCCGCUGAAGGAAGAAGGGCCUCUCUUGGGCUUUCUUGACGCUAGGAAGAGGAAUGUUAGGGAUUCUUGCUGGGAGUUUGACGAUGGGUUUGUGAGGAGGUGUAGCAAAGAUUGGGGGGGCGAAGGUGAUUCUGCUCUGGAAGCUGAGGUUUUCGAGUUUAUGAAGAAUUCUGAGAACCCGGAGAUGUUUCCGUCCAAGAAACAGCUGAUUGAUGCGGGAAGAACCGAUCUUGUGAUAGGUAUUUCGAGGCAGGGCGGCUGGAUGGCUUCGGGGUGGGAUUUGGAAAGCGAAGCAGAGGUAGUCUUGGAGUGGAAGACGGGUAGUGAAUCAAGGGCUUCGCUUUCGGUUGACAAGAAGGCGGAAAGUGAUCAAGAGCCGAGGCAGGAAGCCUCUCCCUUGCGUCUUACUUCCCAUUCUACUGCUUCUUCGCCCCCGAGAUCACUAGAAACUGUUGCAGAGGAUGAUCCCGGAAUUGAUGCUAUGUUGAGUAGACUGGAGAUACAAAGAAAAGCGGAUUUUGGAUUUAAGAUGCCCGAGAGAAGUAAAGUUACUCUUGUCCCCGGUCAUCAUCCUGAAUACGAUGAGCCUUCUAAAGCCUCCAAAGCUUCGACUGUAGCUGAUAUGAAAAACAUCAGUGAAUCUGCUUCACUAAAGAGAAACAAGAAUGACCACUCUCGAGCAGGUUCAGAACCCUUUAGCACUCAGCUUCGGCAUACGGAAUCAAAGCUUUCAGCUAUAGUUAAUCCAUUAAAAUCAGGUUCUGGUGACAAUUUGCUGCACAAGGUAAGUUUGUUAUCAUUUCUUUAUUUACUGUGUAAUUUGGGAGUAAUUUUGUUUUAAGGUUGCUAAAAGAUUUGCUCGAGACAGGAAAGGAGGAAUAAAAUCUUGUCAAUGAAACAGAGUGUUAGAAUACUCCUUAGAAAUAUGUUUUAUUUAUCAAUUUCUGUGUAAUGCUGUAAUGAAAAAUCAGAUUUCGAUCUGAAAGAGUGACAUGCAAUAGAGAAUGUACGCAUUAACUAUGCAUUUUUAUUGUCGAACUUUGUCCUCCUGGUAAUCUAAUCUAACCUGUCAUUCUUCGUCAGGCUAUGGAAAAUGCACCUGAUAAACAUCUGGAGCUUUAUGAUGCUUGGGAAUUCCAGGAAACUGGCAUAAUGAAACGGCAGAACAAGUUGCGGUCAAUCCGUGCAAAGAUAGCGAUCGUGGAAGGCAGAAUGGCUCUUGCAAUACUUGAUGCACAAAGGCUAGUGGAACAGAAACAGAAAAGAAUCGAUCAUGUUCAAAAAGGCACCGAGCUUCUUAGGAACGCCUACAUCACUUUGCCAACUGAAGCCUCAGAAGUGUUUGUAGCAGGAUCAUUUGAUGGAUGGGCUACAAAGAGAAAGAUGUUCAGGUCAGCCACCUGUAUUUUCUCCUUGUUUCUCAAAUUGUAUCCGGGCAAGUAUGAGAUCAAGUUCAUCGUAGAUGGUAACUGGAAAGUUGAUCCCCUGCGUCCUGUUGUUCAACACAGUGGUUAUGUAAAUAAUCUCUUCAUCGUCGAUUGAGAAGAUACCGGAGACUUAACCGAGGACAGAAAGAUUCCUUUUGCGGCUAACAGAAAAUAAGAGACUGAUUCAUUGAUUAACAGCAGCAGCUGCUGUGAUUUUUUUUUUUUGUCAGUUUCCAUGUAAAAAGUAGAAACUUUCCUUUGUCUAGCAUUCUCUAAUGAUUCUUUUUGCCAAUGGGACCAACAAUAAGGAUAGGGGAAUAGCCGAUAUUGCAGCAUGAAUUGAAUUCAGCGUUACUUUCCCCUUGUUGUAGCUGUAAACAGUAAACCCCUCAUUGUAAUCAAGUACAGAAUCUUACGUGGAGAUAUAUGAUUUUUCAG